AUGAUUGACCACUUUGUCGCGUUUACAAAGGGAGGAAUUGUCAAGUGGCAGUACUCCCCUCCCUCAGCAUCCAACGUCACACAUAUUGUCAAUGAUCUGAUAUCCGACGUGUUCAUCGAAGAGUCCUAUCCCGUCCAGGACUCCACCUACACCAAGGACAUUUACACGGCCCGAUGGGCAGUCGCCAACGAGCAGGGGCUCGUAUUUGUGUGCAUUUACAAGACUCUUCUUCAUCUGCCUUGGGUGGGUCAGCUGGUUACCCAAGCCCGACAACUGUUCCCCCAGUUGGACGAUAACGAGUACGAAGCAUGGUUCGCUACAAAACUGGCUUCCCUGGAGGCAGAGACGGUCAAGCCGGAGCCCGUGGCAAAGGCAAAGGUCCCUGUGAUCGAGAAGAUUGAGUCGUCUGUUACUGUUGUCGAUACAGACUCUGCAGCCAGCGGAGCAUCUACACCUAUUGGAGGAGGAAAGACCCGUCGGCGAGGAAAGAAGGGCAAGAAGGACGACUCUACAGCGGAAAAGAAAAAGAAGGGUGUCAUGCGAAAAUGGGGAGAGGAUGGCCAAGCCCUGGAUGUCGGUUCUGACGACGACGCGGAUCUUGACUUCUCCUCUGGACCCUCAGGAGCUACGGCUGUUGUGGAAGAUGUGGAUAUGACCAACUAUGGAGGAGCCAACAAGCAGGGCGAUUUUGUGCUCAAACAACUGGGUGACGACGAGCCUCCGAUCCCCUCCAAGUCGAGAUUCGGUUUCCUGAAGAACAUCAUGGGCGGUAAGACUAUCACACAGGAAGAUAUGGACAAGGUGACUGCCAAGGUCGAGGAGCAGCUCAUGAAGAAGAACGUGGCCAAGGAGGUUGCAGUCCACCUAUGUGACCAGGUGUCACGGUCACUAGUCGGCUGCACUACCAAUUCGUGGACCACCGUCGAGCAGACCGUGCAGCAGGCCAUGGCGGACGCUCUUCGAAAGAUUCUGACCCCUUCGGCCUCUCUAGACCUGCUCCACGAGGUCCAGCGGCACAAAAAGCUCGGUGGAGGACGUCCCUAUGUUAUUUCUGUGGUUGGAGUUAACGGUGUGGGCAAGUCCACCAACCUGUCCAAGAUUGGCUUCUGGCUCCUGCAAAACAAGAUGCGACUUCUGGUGGCUGCAUGUGACACGUUCCGAUCCGGAGCUGUCGAGCAGCUGGGUGUCCAUGUCAACCGACUCAGUGAGCUUGCUGGGCGUCAGGGAACUGGAGAGGUUGAGCUCUUCGCCCAGGGAUACGGUAAAGACCCUGCUCACACUGCUGAGAAGGCCGUUGAGUACGGCGAGAAGCAUGGCUUCGACGUGGUUCUCAUCGAUACCGCCGGUCGACGUCAUAGUGAUAAGCGUCUGAUGGGAGAUCUGGAGAAGUUUGCUAAGCGAGCUCGACCCAACAAAAUCAUCAUGGUGGGAGAGGCUCUGGUUGGAACUGACUCUGUGCAGCAGGCUCGAAACUUCAACGACGCCUUUGGCAAGGAUCGAAACUUGGACUUCUUCCUCAUUUCAAAAUGUGACACUGUGGGAGACAUGAUCGGUUCGAUUGUCAACAUGACCUACGCGACCAACAUUCCCGUGCUGUUUGUGGGUACUGGUCAGCAUUAUACUGAUCUACGAACCCUGUCAGUUGACUGGGCCGUGAGACUAUUGACUCAGUAA